AUGAAGGAUGACGAGAUCGAAGAGGAAGACGACAACUAUGGGAUUUAUAGUCUGGGCAAAGGGCAAGCUGAGCCAUAUGUUGUUGAUGUACUGGUGAGGAAUGAAAGUCUAAAGAUGGAAGUAGAUACUGGUGCUGCAGUUAGUGUAAUGAAUGAGGAUACAUAUACAUUAUUGAAGAAAAAACACCCAAACCUAGAACUGAAGGAAUCAAAGAUAAGACUAAAUACCUAUACGGGAGAGCAAGUUAAUGUGUUGGGUCAGGUGGAGACUUCGGUACCCGGACAUUUUGCCGAAAGACACUUUGCCGAAAGACAUUUUGCCGAAAGACACUUUGCCGAACGGACAUUUUGCCGACGGACGUUUUGCCGAACGCACGUUUUGCCGAACGGACAUUUUGCCGAACGGACUGUUUGACGAACGGACAGUUUACCGAAAGGACAAUUUGCCGAAAAUAGAGAUGUUAUUUCGUCAAAAUGUUUGAGACUGUGUAAUUCAUUGUGUAAGACUCAUUUCUCAACUGUGUAAUUCAAAACCAUUGUGUAAAAUGACCAUUAUGUGGUCAUUAGCAAUACAUAAUGGUCGUUAGCAGUGCAUAACUAUAUUGACUAUUCGUAGCUUUUUGUGCAGCGGAUGACUCGAUCAUCUGUUAGGAACGUGCUUUGACGAUAUAAAGACAACGACGUAAGUGAAUUUCACUUCGAUAAUCAUGGAAUACAUUCACAGUUCUCGGGGAAAUUUCUAUAAAUUUGUCAAUUCACUAUAAAAGUUUCUGUCAAUCAAAAUCGACAAUGACUUUAAUCACAGAAACUUUGACCGUGUAAGCGAACCUUUAAGGUUCAGAAGAUAUCUCUAUUUUCGGCAAGUUUUCCGUUCGUCAAACUGUCCGUUCGGCAAAAUGUCCAUUCAGCAAAAUGUCCGUUCGGCAAAACGUCCGCUCGGCAAAACGUCCGUCGGCAAAAUGUCCGUUCGGCAAAAUGUCUUUCGGCAAAAUGUCUUUCGGCAAAAUGUUUUUCGGCAAAGUGUCUUUCGGCAAAAUGUCCGGCCACCGGAGACUUCGGUGAAGUAUGAAGAUCAAGAAGGCGUAUGGCCUUUACUAGUCAUAACGGGGAAGGGCCAUAACUUGAUUGGCAGAAAUUGGCUCCAAAAGAUUAAAAUAAAUUGGAAGAAUUUAUUUCAGUUAAAAGAGGACAAGAAUACCUCAGUCAAAGUUAAUAAGUUACUUGAGAAGUAUGAGAAAGUGUUUCAUGAAGAGUUAGGAACAUUUUCUGGUCCCAAAGCCAAAAUAUAUGUGGCUGAAGAUGCAAGUCCAAAGUAUUACAAGGCAAGACCUGUUCCCUGUGCAUUGAGGGAAAAAGUAGAAAAGGAGUUAGAAAGAUUGCAAAAAGAGGGAACUAUAGAGCCUGUCCAGUUUGCAGAUUGGGCAUCGGGUACUUCAUCCGGAUAAAAUGACACCACCAAUGGCUGCAGCUCGAAUUCAGCGGUGGGCCUUAAUUUUGUCUGCGUAUGACUACGCCUUUCAGUACAAAGAAGGAAUUCAGAAUGCAAAUGCUGAUGCCCUCAGUAGAUUACCACUGCCAGACACCCCAGGUUCAACACCAGUUCCUGAAGAAACAAUCUUACUCAUGUAACUAUUGGAGACUACUCCAAUAAGAGCAGAGCAAGUGAAGAACUGGACAAAGAGAACUCCUAUACUUGCUAGAGUUUUGAAAUUUAUUAAACAAGGUUGGCCUAGCAAGUGUCCAGAUGGGGAGUUUCAACCAUAUUUUCAACGACGAGACGAGCUGAGUGUUCAAGACGACUGUAUACUUUGGGGGAACAGAGUGGUUGUUCCACCCCAAGGAAGAAGGCAAGUGGUUGACGAAUUACAUGAAACCCACCCAGGAAUAUGUAAGAUGAAAAGUCUAGCAAGAAGCUACGUGUGGUGGCCAAACAUGGAUAACGAUUUGGAAAACAAAGUACGAACGUGCAACAACUGCCAGAUAAAUAGAAAGAAUCCUCCUGAAGCGCCACUGCACCCGUGGGAAUGGCCAAGUCGACCAUGGGAAAGAAUUCAUAUUGACUAUGCUGGUCCAUUCUUGGGGAAAAUGUUCCUCAUCAUGGUCGAUGCGUACUCAAAAUGGCUCGAAGUGCAUCCAACGAAUGUGGCAACAUCGAGAGCAACAAUUGAAAAACUUCGAUCAACAUUUGCAAUCCACGGCCUUCCUAAAACAAUUGUUAGUGAUAACGGUAGUAAUUUUUGCAGUGAAGAAUUCGAAGAAUUUCUGGCGAAAAACGGCAUUCAUCACAGAAGGACUGCUCCUUAUCAUCCAGCCUCCAAUGGACUUGCAGAACGGGCGGUCCAGACGUUUAAGGAAGGGAUGAAGAAGAUGUCAAAUAAGGAAAGUUUGGAAACUAGAGUGUCUCGGUUUCUCUUCAAAUACCGUUUCACGCCACACUCAACCACAGGGAUAGCGCCAGCGGAAAUGCUUAUGAGCAGAAAACCAAGAUCUUCCGGCCCUUGGACGUACUACAUCCAGAUGUAAGACAAAGAGUACAGGACCAACAGAAGAAGCAGAAAGAGUUACACGAUCAACAUGCAGUGGAUCGACAAUUACGACCAGGUGAUUUAGUAUAUUCGAGAGAAUAUGGAAAACAACAAAAGUGGUGUCCAGGAGUGAUCAAUACACAAACCGGGCCAGUUUCCUAUACCAUACAGUUGGAAGACGACCGCGAGGUUCAUCGCCAUCAAGAUCAGGUGAUCCAUAGAGAAACACCCGAAGAAAACGAAAAUGACGUCAUGGAUCCAGAUAUCAACCAGCAACCCGUUCCAGACCAACAAGUGGUUAGCGAAGAAAAUGCAGUUCCAGCAGCCCGAUAUCCGCAAAGAGAUAGACAGACACCGGACUAUUAUUC